AGUGAGAGAGGAUUAAGAAAGUCAUGCCCCGUGCAACGAACGAAGACGACGCGCAGCUGCUGCGCCGAAUGGACGACGAGUUCGAAGACCUGCUGGCCAAGACCAGACCGUACCUGCUGCGACUGGCCAACGCCUCGGUGGAGGGCCGAUUCUGUCGGGCCUGGUUGGAGAGGUUGAAUAAGGCGCGCGAUCAAAGACGCCUGCGUAACGAGCACUUGGCCGAGCUGCUCGAUCAGCUAGAGCGCGGGCAGCUCAAAUUGCCGUUCGACAAGAUGCCGCCUAAACACGGCCGAUUGGUGCCGAUUCCGCGCUACGAUAGGUACAAGCAGGCGCCUCCUCCCGUACAAGAAGUUCCACAGCAGCAGCAGCAGCAGCAACAAGUGACCAGCUCGUCUUGCACCGAGCUGACGACCGAGGAAACGGGAUCGGUAGUCUUGGCGAGUACUCCCGCUGCGGCUGCUCCUCCACAACCGGUUAUUCCACAAUCGACAUCGAUACCGAUCGCCACGAGCAAACGAUCCAAGAGCAGACAUCGCGCCUCCGUCAGUGCUGGCUACGUCGUGGCUCACUCGCCGAGUCCCAACCGAUCGCGUCUAGCCGACAACGACGACGACGACACCAGUACACUCGUCGACGCGCCACCCAUUCAAGCGUCCACGGUAGCCGGCGGUGACACAUCCCAUCCGCUUCCGCCGAGUCGAUCGGCGGCGACACCCAGAGCGGCAGCAGGACCACCGCAAACGACCACCACCACGACGACCGUACACUUUUGCGAGCAGAGCGUCCGCGCGGAGCGCAACGCCACGCGUACGUAUCGCGAGAGAAUAGAGACGAUGAGCUCGAUCAUCGAGGAUUUGGAAGCUCAGAACGAGAAGCUGAGGGAGAAGCUGAAUUACUAUCACGACUGCUCGCAGGCCAAGAGCGAGAUACCCCAGCUUCAUGCCAAGAUCAAGAAGUUCGUGAAUGAGAUCGCUACGCUCAGGGCUAAAUUGGCCGAGGUACAGGAAAUCAAGAGGGUGCUCGAGAUAAAACACAGAGACAUCGUCGAGCAGUACAAGACGAAGAUGGCCGAGCAGUUCAAUCACAUGAAGCAGCAGUUGGAAAAUGCGCGCAAGGAGAACCAAGAGCUGAACGAAAAGAUGGCUCAGAUCGAGCACAAGCUCGCCGAGGUGUCGGAAAAUAAGCAGGAAAAAACGAGCAAAGACGAAUCGACGAGAUCUUCGGCCGAUCGUCGCUGGGAGCAGACGCUGCAGACGAUCAAAGACGAGUACGAGAAGAUGCUGCGCGAAAAGGACGCGGAACUGAGGAGGCGAGAGGAGUCGGAGCAGCAGAAGAAAGCCGAGUUAGAAAGGAAGUCCCAGGAGUUCGACUGUGUCAGCGAAAAAGUUCGCGAGCUCCAGCAGAUGCUCGAUCUCAAGUCCCAAGACAAUUUGCACUCGAUCCUACUGGAGCAGUACAAAACGAUCAAGGAAGAGCUGCACCAGAUGCGCGGUAAUCUCGAGAACGUAUCGCUGAAACAGACCGACAAUCAUCAGCAGGAAAUAGCGGCGCUAAAGAAAAACGUCGCCCGGCUCGAGAAGUAUACGAAAAAUCUGCAGCAAGAGUACGAGAAGAAAAUUAAUCAUAUAUGCAAAGAUAAGGAGAGAGAGAUAAAGGAGCUGAAGAGCAGGCUUGAAAAUCCAACAUUGUCUUACUCAGCCGCGGAAAAUCACUUCGAUAUCGGUGGCGGCGGUGGCUCGAUUAUCGGCGACUCCGAGCAGAAGUAUACGGAGAUCCUUGGAGCGCUCGAGAACACGGCCGAUCGCGAGCGCUGCAAGUACUAUCAGAUGUUAAGAUUUUUACACAAACAGAUCGUUCGGCUGCACAAAAGCUGAGCUCGAUAUCAUUAAUGUGCGUGUGUGAAGUACUAUUUUG